AAACCGGGCUGUCCUCGUGCUAUGCGUGGCAAGAACUUGCACGUGCCUAGGUUUCGGUGCCUGGGUGCAGCUUUCUUGCUGAUGCUCGGAACUGGAAAGGUGCUUGUCCCAACAGUGCCAUUGAAAAAUGGUGCUGAGAUGCAACGGUUGGCCUUAGGGCUCUACAAUGUCCCACGUGAUCAGGUGAAGGCUGUGGUCGAUGCUGGCUUAGCUGCGGGUCUGCGCCACUUUGACAGUGCUUCCUUCUACAACAAUGAGGUGGAGUGUGGCGAGGCAUUGAAAUCGUGGAUGGCCUCGGGUCACGAUCGAUCGGAGAUUUUUGUCACUACGAAGGUCUGGACCACCGACCUGGUCGACCCCGAGAGCGCUUGCAGAAGCGCCGAGAUCUCCAUUGAGGAGUUGGACAUUGGCCCUGUGGAUUUAGUGAUGGUCCACUGGCCAAUGCCUUCGAAGCACGUGGAGGCGUACGUGGCUUUGGAGAAGCUUGUUCGCAGCGGCAAAGCUAAAGGUUUGGGCAUCUCGAACUACUCUCCAGCGGACUACGAGGAGCUCAUGAAGGUAGCGACCAUUGAGCCGUUGGUGAACACCUUCGAGAACAACCCCUUGCUCUACCGCAAGGAGUGGUGCGACUACUUUCAAGAGAAAGGCCUCAUUGUCCAAGCUUACAAGCCGUUGCAGCGUGGAGGCCCUGUUCUGGAGUCUCCCGCGGUGAUGGACAUUGCGAAGAAAGCAGGGAAGACACCUGCACAGGUUUGCCUCCGGUGGAACCUGGACAAAGGGAAUGCAGUGGUCUUCAAGAGCCUUACUCCGGCUAGGAUCCAGGAGAACGUGGACGUCUUCGACUUUGGCUUGUCAGCAGAGGAGUUGGCCCAGUUGGAUGCUCUCACCACGCCUGAGGUCAUGGAGGAGGCCCAACGCCACUGGGAGAAGCGCCGCUGCGGGACUCCUGCUCCCUGGGGCGAGGGUAAGAGGCCCCGGCGCCAGGAGAUUUCUUCAUGAUGCUGGAUUCUCAAGUAUGCAAUCCAAAAAGUUGCAGGGCUUGUGGAACGACAAGUGCGGUCAAGACCUGGAGGCCUUUAUGAAUUUACAGAAGGAGCACUAGUGUUUGAGAGACAG